UAAGACGUCAUGAUAAGACGAUUGUCAGACUAUCAGUUAUCACUGUCGGUCACUGACCACUAAGUGCUGAUACUCUGCGUUCUACAAAAUGGUACGCUAUUGAUAUUUUCUCAUUUUUUAAUUUGAUAUUAAAUAUUUUUGUCAUUUGUGUGCCGAUCAUUAAUAAUUUAAAAUGCCACUUGCAUGUCACUCUAAUGACUGCGGAUGAACGCUGUCGUGGUGCGCUCGUGCGACGAUCCGGAUUCUCGCGUGUAAUUGUUUCGAAAACUAUGUAGUCUCAAUAGUUAUUGACGUAAUCCACAAAAUGUAAUAAUCAAAUAUUUUCAUAUUCGUACAAUUCAGCUAACGUAUUCAAAAUUCAUCUUGUUUAUAGAUCAUAACUAAAUGCAAUCUUCUCAAAAUGUAAUCGUCGUGUAAGUACAAAUAUAAUGUAUACAUACUACCUAGUAAAUAAAAGAUCCAUUAAAAGAAUAUCAGGUAAAAAAAGUCCCGUUGUAAACUAAUACCUUUCUAAAAAAUAAUAAUGAAUCUGUUGGUGAAAUUAAGUACAUACGUUUUCAGAAAAUUCUAUUAUAAAAUUGAAAAAUAUCAGUGUAUAGUGUCAUGUAAUGAUUAGAAAUUUAAUUAUUGAAUGUAUUCAAAAUAAUUUAUAGAUAAAUAAAUUGCUGAUAAAAAUAUACCUACAUAAUAUUAUUCUGUAUUAUUAUUAAUAGGAUUUUUUUUUCGGUAAAAACGCAAUCUGUGCAUUUUGUAUUAGCUUUACAUCGGGGUUAUUUUUCCUAGUAUGUUUUUAUUAGUUUUUCUGUGAACUCUGUUGAAAGAACCGUCCAACAUUUUUUUUUCAUAGAACUGCAUAGACUCAGUCAAAAUAUGUUUUUGCUUUUACUCUGGCCCUAAGGCGGUUUAGCACAAGGCAUUUUCCAUGAUUGCCGUUUUUGGAACAGUGGCUCACACUGUAAAACAGACAAUUUGUACUUCACAGUUGUAGUAUUAUUAUUAUGAAUAUGCCACAACUAAUUUGUACAAUAUUAAACCAUGUUGGAUAUUUCAAUCGUAAAAGUUUAAUUGUGGAUUACAGUACAUACUAUAUUAUUUAAAUGUUAUGUAUAUUUUGUAGAAUUAAAUAACUAUUUAUUUUAAACACUUAAUUACAUUAAGUUAUCACUUAUUAUGUGCAAUAUGAGUUGAAAUAAGAAUUUUAUAAAAAUUAAUGAUGAACAAACAAUGAAUUUUAUUCAAAGUUUAGUUCACAAGAAACAAAUGUAAAACCACCAUUUUUUUGGCCUUUGGAUCCAUUGCUACAUCUCCUUUUCCUUCUUUUUUAAAUUUAAAUUUAUCACUUUUUGCAGUUAAUUGUAAUUUUAAUUAUUUAGCUGACACACCAGGCAAAAUAGCACAUGCUUCCCUGAAUAACAAUUCCAUCUUGCUAAAUAAAAAUUGUGUUCACAUGUAAAUCUUUACGAUUUAUGUGACCCUUUUUGAAACCAUGCUCGAGAGCAACAAUUAACACAAUUGUGAAAUACUUUUAGCACACGUCUAAUGAAAAAUCCACCUUAAGUCAUAAGUUAUAAUUUAUUUGUAUCAAAUAAAUUUGUUUUAGAGAAGGAGAACAACUUUUGUUUUACAAAAAUAAUUAUAAAGUAGACUUUCCGACAAUCAGGUUGCCUAUAAUGACGCAGUAUACCUAUCAGACAUUCUGUUAUUGGUUAUUUAAGUUAUUUAAGAUAAGUAGUAUAAGAAGUAUAAAAGAAUUAUGUAUUUAAAUCUUUAAAUUAAGUGGUAAGGUAUAGCAUAUUGAAAUAACAUAUAGAGUAUAAAUGUCUGUGUAUUAUAUUUAAUGUCUCAUUAUUUCUAAACAAAUUAUUUUAAGGUCUACUUUACUUAACAUAUUAGUUUUGAAGAAGUCACAUAACACUUUCAAUAAAUUUUUAUUAGGUACAAGUUAGUAAAUAUUAUAAUUAAAAAAAAAAAAUUAAUUUUUGAUAUUGAUACCUACAGUAAAACCUCUAUAAAUUACAACUCAAUAGGAAAAGGUACCAAGAAAUUAUUAGCUAAAAUAUCUACCGUUUUGAAUAUUUUGUAAGUACUUACAAAUUAUUAUAAAUUGCCAUUAAUUUAUUAUUAUUGAAUCAUUAUAUAUUCUAAACUUAAUCUAAAUUAGCAUAGAUAUAUCCUACUUAUCCAAAUUCCCAUCUACUAAAUAGUGGCCAUGAUCAGUAUUAAUUUUUCUUUUAAAUUAGUUAUUUUGUAUAUUAACACUGUUUUAUAUAAGCAUUAUAAACUGAUGGUUUCAAUGUAGUUAAUACAUAUUAACAAUUAUUUUAAGAAUAAAUUGAUUUAUAACACUAACAAUGAAUUUGGAUUAAGUUACAUACAUAAAGUUACAUUAACAUAAACUAAUUACAAUUAAAACCUGAAAUUUAUGGUUCAGGCUUAGGAUUAAUUUUUUAUUUGAAAUGAGUUAAAACAUUAGGGUUUUAUUUAAUUUUCAAUUUCAAAAUAUGUCUGGUCUUAGACUGUAUAAAUGUAUAAACUAUACAAAGUUUUAUGUCAAUCAGAUAAAGUUAACCGGAAAUUUGAACUUAAUACAUUUUUCAAUAUUUACAAUAGUUUCAAAUAUUUUCGUAAAAUAUUAAAAUCAUUGACAUUUUUUCUGAUAUAUAUUUUAAAGUAAAUUAAUUUUUCUUUAACUUUUAUAGAAAUAUAUUGAUUCAGCUGUAAAAAUACGAUAAUCUGUGUAAAUAAUAGUGAAUGGUUAUUAUCGACAAAUAGAUAUUACAAAAAACAUAAGGUGAACAAUAUAAUAUAAGUUAAUUACAAAAAGAAAGAGAAGAAAUAAAAAUUAAAUUAAAAAGCUAGUAUGGUUAAAAAAAAAUAAUAUGUUCAUUAUAAUAUAAAAGACAAAAGCUAAGGGACAGUUUUAUUACCUUUCAGGAGAGCAGAAACAAAAUUUUCAUUUGUUCUUAACUUUGGUAUUGAUAUUUAUUUAAACUUUAGGAAUGAAGUUAUUAUAUAUUUGAAUUCCAUUUUAUAUUACCUUGAUGAUCUGAUUUUAUUUAUAUUGAAAAUAUUUGUUAAUUUUUGAAUACAAUAAUUUUUUUGAAAACUUACCAUUUUUUGUCACUUAGUUCUGAUUUUUUCAGAAAGACACUUUUACCCUAAUUUAAAUUUGCUAUUAUUAUUGCUAUAAUAAUAAUAUGUUUAUUUUGAUUAAAUACUUAAGUAUUUUGAUGUAUCUUUUUUGAGUAUCAAAUAAAUAUAAUAAAAUAAAUGAAUAUUAUAAUAAUACUAUACUAAUUUAAUGUUAUUUUUAUUUUUGAAUGGCAUUAGGCAAUUUGUCUACACCAAUAAUAAUAUUAUUUCAUUUUUAUUAGGUUGAUCUAAUAAUAUUAUAAUAUUUACAUUACUAAAAUAUGAGUGAAAUCAAUAAAAUAUAAACUUUAAAUAGAUUUGAUCUUCUAUUUAGUUCAUAAAAUAUUACUCACAAUAUUGAAGUUUUUAUGAUAAUCCAAACACCUAAUUAACAAAGUAUAAUAAUAUUGUGAAAAAAGUAAAAUUAUAAUUAUAUGCAACAACUAAUUUAUUUAUUUAAUGAAUAAAAUCAUAAUCCAUUGAUCAUGAAUAUCAUAAAUUGCCAUUUUUUAAUGAAUAAUUUGAAACGUGCAGGUAUAAAUAAAUUAAACUACAAUAAUAUUAAACAUAUUAAUCAUAUUAUAAUCAUAAAAUAUAAUAUCAUAUUAUGAUAACAUUAUGUUUACCUUUCCUUGUUAUAUUACUCACCACGAAAAACAAAUAAACAGAAAUAUUUUCAUAUUACUUGAUACCUACCUAUCUUAUAAUAAUAAUAUUUUAUAUUUAAUUAUUGAUAAUAAUAAUAAUAAUAAUAAUAUUAUCUAAUCACAAAAUAAUUAUGGUAUUCUGUGAUCUAAUUUUGAUAUUAAUAUUAUAAAAGGUGAUAAGGGAUAAUAGUGGGGUCUAAGUGUUAAGCGGUUGUUGCUUAGCGAAUAAAAUUUUCAUUAUGUCCCUAUACACAAAAAGGCGCUUGACCCCUACUUUUUUAACACUUCUGUCAAUAAAUGUCACUUGUACCUAAAAAUUAAAAUUAAAUAUCUUGUUACUAAAUAGUUAUAGAAAGACUAGCACUUGUGUGAUCGAAUCCUUUAAGUGUUGGUUAUCCCAUAGUAUACACACCAUGUUGUGUUGCUUAGUCCCUUUUGCCUUUUAACAGUCUAUAUAUUUUUGAAUGAGCAAUAUCAUCAAAUAACAAAUUUAAUUUAUUUUUAAAAUCAUUUUCUUUUAAUUUAUAUAACAAAAACAUUUUAAGAAUUUUGUUGAAGAUGUGACAUUUAAAUUAAGGGUUAAUAAUAAUUGUAUUGAUCAAGCUCCAUACUUAUGUUGUUAUUAAGUAAUAUAAUAUAUAAUAUAAAAUAUAACAAAAUAAUUACGUAAAUGAGAUUAGACAAUUAUACUAUUGUGAACAUUAUAUUAAUUGUAUUAUAAUUAUUUUGUUAUCAACGAUAAUUUUAAGGUACAUUUAUAAAUUAGUUAAUAUGAAAAAGUCAUGAAAAUUGUAUUAAAUCAUUUUAGACUAUACCUAUUAAUAACUAUGAAGAUAUGUGUAAAUUAUGUUGUUUUUUUUUAGUCAAGUCAUUAUGUAUACUUCAUGAAUAGUAUAGGAUAUAAACAAAUUUAUUUACAAAAAUGUUUAAAAUUAAUGUAAAUAUUGAAAAAUUUAGUAAGUUCAUGUUGGCAUAGGUUAAUUUUUAUAUACAUAAACACUCAUUUGGGGGAUGAGACUAAACAUAUUUUGAAAUUUUUUUUUAAUCAUAAGGAACACCCUAAUACACAUAAUAUGUUGUAAACAAUAACAUAAUGCAUUAUCACCUUUGAUCAAAUCAAAUUAAUAGUUGAUAAUAAUCAGUACAAAUUGUUUCAGGUUUCAAUUUAUUUAUUUCACUGCAAAUCAAGUUCCAGGCUAUAUUCUUUCCCUCUACAUAACCACAACAAAGGCAUAGACUGGAUUAUGAUAAGGUUUGUGAAAUAUGCUUGCUAAAAAUCACUGAUUUUGUAAAUAAAGGUAUCUAGGCAGCUCCAUUUUUUUUUUCAAAUUUUACAGGAGAGAAUUUUUUUGAAUUAAACAUUUCACCUUUAUAAAUUUUCUAUUUUCUAUUUUAAAAAUUGUUUCUGACAAAUUAAUAUGUAAUUAAAUCUUAAAAAUAAAAUAUAUUGUAUUUUUUCGUGUUUUCAGUAUUUUUAUUGGAGCUGUCUGAUUUUUAUCCAGAAUCUGCAACAAACUGUAAUUAUAUUUUGUAUUAUAAGUCUUAACUUAAUAUAUAAUUAUAAGUAUAAACAAGAAAACUUGAAAUCACGUUUAAGAAGUAGUUAGGUAACUUUAAAUGUUAAUAAAUCAGAAAAAAAUAUAUGUAUAGUGCCUUUUAUUUAAAAAAAUAAAAUGUAACUUUACAUAAUUUCACAAUAUUUUAGGAUGCAAUGUUAUGUCAUUAAUAAGAAAUCAAUAACAAAAUAAUAGUCAUAUUAAACAAAAACAAUAAUAGCAGUAUAUCUUAUUUUAAAUUAUUGUUCAAUGUAUUUUAAUAUUAUAUAGUGUUAAUCAUAAUAAAAAAUUUACAAAAUAUUUUAGUAGUAACAAUGAGCAAACUAAAAAAAAAAUUUAAACUUAAUAUCACCGGGCAAUAAACUGAUAUGAUUUUCAUAUUUGCCCUGUAAGCCAUUAAGACUGAAAUUGUUUGACUUAAAGUGAAGUACUAAUCUAUCUAAAACUGCCUUACUGAUUCCAAAUAAUGCACAAAAUGCUUUUUUACAGACUACCAUUUCAUUAGCUUCAAGUCUUAUUUUAUACUUAUAAGCACAGGAUUUAUUUUUCUGCGUACUCUUGACUUAGGUUGUUGUCUAGUAACUGACUUCACUGAGACCACAUAAGAAUGAGUCGGUUGUAUGUAAGUAUGGUUUUUAGGUCUAAAACAAAAUGUCGAAAAAUGUUACAUAGAUUUUUUUAUAUGUGUACCGUGCUAGAAAGCUCCAUCAGUCAAAUUUCUGAUUUUUCCAUUUUCAGUAAGUACGCACUCAUGCAUUUUUUAUAUUUUGGUAUGAAAUUAUAUAUUUGUUGGUACCUGUUAUUAUUUGUAAAAAUAUGAUUUUUGGUUUUUAUCAAUUACCUAUACAUGUAUGAGAGUAAAUGUGAGAACUGAAUUAUCAUAUACAACAUUAUGUUAGUAAUUUCAACUAUAUAUAUUAUGUUAAUAAUUGAUACACCAAAUUAAUGAUUGCAUUGUGACAUUUUAAAAAAUGUAUAUGUAUGUAUUAUUAAAAAUUUGAUAUUAAUUACAAAUUGAUAAAACAAAUAUGUAGUAUUGAAAACUGUUCUUUUCAGGAACAACCUUAUUAAAACAGUGCUUUUUAGAGCCACCCAAUUUAUAAAUUCCUUCCAAAAUAUAAAAAAAAUCCACAAUGUCCAUGAAAAUUGGUCAGAAAGUAGGAAAAUUGAAAAUUUGAUCAAUGGAGGUUUUGUUAGAACAGUAUAUAAACAAAAAAAAUCUAUGAGUUAUUUUGAUAUUUUUUCUCAGACCCUAAAGCCAUAUUCAAUCCUGUUAUUUUAAAAAAACAUUUCCGUUUACAAUUUUAAUUAGAUCUAGUCACUAAAAGAGUGCUUUUAGGUACCUACUCUUUUAUUGUUAAAUUUACUUACAUAUCCUAAGCUUGUAUUUCUAAUACUUUUUGCAAUAUUUUCUUUCAAAUUUAAAGUUUUUAUCCCUUUUUUUCUCUUUCAAAACUUAAGUGCUGUUUUCAUCAUUUAAAAAUUAUAUUUGUCUCACUUAAGUUCAUUAUAAUGGGUGGUUGUGAUUCCUCGCCAGUCUCAAAGUAUAUUACACUACUUAUAUUGUCAUAAGACAUAUUAGCUUGUUUUGUUAUAUAGGUAAUCUGAAUCCAAUAAAGGGUCGUCAUUUUCAUAAUCUGAGGAGUAAUCAAAAUCAUCCUCUAGAAUUUUGUUUACAUUUUCGGCAUUCUUUAUCUUAAUAUAUUUAAAACACUACAAAUAGAUGGAACUUAUUAUUGAACAUUGUAUUACACUGACAAAUGUUUAGCAUAUGGCAUGGCUAAGUCACGGGGUGGACAGAAGGUAUUAUUGAACAUAAAAAUUACAUUUUGCAAUUAAUGAUUUUUAUUCAUAUUAGAAAAUAUUAUGCAGAAAUGACAUAACGGUAUCAAAACAUGUGUCAUGUGUGAUACCGCGUUGCUACAAUUGCUACGAAAGUCUACUGAUUCUAUCAUAUACUACAUCGAACAUAUUACGUGAUAUUUCGACCAAAAGUGUGAUAUCGAAAGAUAACACAGUUUAAUUUUGAUCAAAAUAAUAUCAAAACAUGAAAAUUGAUAAGAACGUAGAUUUUGUGUUCUGGUUUUGGACAGUCGAUUACUUCGAAUAAAUUGUUACAAAUGUAUAUUAUUCCGAAAUUAAAUUUAAAAUUUGAUAAACUUGAUAAAAACUGCUACGAAAGGCAUUAACUAUUAAUUAAUUGACGUCAUCUCAUUAUGAACUAUGGUAUCUUGGAUCAUAAUAAGCCAUUCUUAUUGAUAAUAUUUUCAUCACUAAUUAACAUAUGUCUUCUAAAAAUAAAUAAUCUAAAAUAAUAAUAAUAAAUGUACUAAUCUUAAUUAAUUAACUUAAUUACCUUACUUUUUCAUUGCCUUAAUUAAGAUAACUUGUGUCAUUAAUAUUGAUAGGCUAUCUUUGUAUAUUGUCCAAUAGGUUUUUUCAAAUUUAUCUUUUUACUUAUUCAUUGUUAAAAUCAUAAUAUUGUUUUGUGUUUGGUUUUAAUGAUUAUUUUGUAAAACUACAACCUGUAAUAAUAUUUAUAAAAUUAAGUAAAUAAGCUCAAAGUUUACCUACCAAAGAUUAAAAAGGUUAUUAUGAUAUUAUAAUAAUAGUCUUAUAAUAUUUUGCAAGAUACUAAUUGCAUACUAAUUGCUAUUAUAUAUUUGUGUACUGCCGAAAAAAGAUUUAAACAAAAUUCUUUUAGUGACUUAGGUACCUAUCAUAAUAUUUUAAAUUAUUUCAUUUUGAUUAAAAGUGCUUAUGUAUUGAAGAGAUUUAAAGGCUACAAAAGUUUACUAGCUUAUAACUUCUUAAUUAAUGGUUGGAUAUUUAACUUUCAAUGUUAUAAAAUUUAUUUUAAAAAGUACUUAGGUACCUACAUGAUACAAUUUUAGAUUGUUUAAUUAAAUAUACCUAUUUAAAAGUGGAAUAUCUCGUCAAUGAAUACUAAUACUCCAUCUAUUUAUGGGAUUUUUAACAAAGGUGGCUCUUUUAAAAUCAGAAUUAUGAAGUUGUUUCACCCCUAAAAAUUAGGGUGACAAAAAAUAAUGUAAAUAUAAUAUUAUAGAGUUGCAUGUUUCUUAAAUUUUCUAUAAAACAGAUUUUGAAAAAAGUUAAUACUUUCUGAGAUAACGAGUAUUUAACGAUAAAAUAAUCACCUGGUAUACAUUAGGUAAAUUAAAUUGGAUGACAAAUACAAAUAAUUAUUUAGUAUUGACCUAUAGAAAUGAACAACAAUAUAUAAUUUAUUAUCUUUUAAUCUAAGUACUUUCAUAGCUGGACAGUACCUGAGUAACCUACAUAUUUUGUAAUAAUUUUUGCAAUAUAACUUGUAUCAUUUAGCACCACAACAAACAUUGGAGUAUAGUAUAAAAUCUAAUAGUAGAUUAGAUCAGAUUUUUAUUUAAAUUUAUAUAUUAUACAGGGUGUUCCACGAUGAUCUGCCACUUGAAAUAACUUGUUCUAUUUAAUAUUUUUGACAUAUUUUUUUUAAAAUAAUUAGUAUGCCUGUGUGCUACAGUUUAUAUUUGAAUAUUUUUUUUUUUUAGGGUGAGGGGUCUUAAAAUAAAAAAUAAAAAAUUUUACUAAUUUUUUUUAAGAAAUUCAAAAUAGCUAUUUUGUAAAAUAGAUUCUUAGAAAAAUUUUAAUGGUUGAAACUCUUGUAAAAGUAUGGUCUUUUAUUUUCUAAGAUUUUUUGAAAAUUUGAUUAAUUUUCUUUUCAAUUGUAACAAUAUUGAAUAAUAUAUUGUAAGAUAUUGUAACAAUAUCAACAUAAAUUGCCAUUAUUGAUUUACUUUUUCAAUACCUAUUGUCUAUAAUAUGAUAAUAUUAUUGCAUGAUAUUAACUUAUGGAAAAGAAAAUCCUUGUCAUUUGCCAGACUAAUAAAUAAAUAAAACUUUUUCUUUACUGGUCUAUCAUGCUGUAUCUUUUAUUAUUCUUCCAUAAAAAAUGCAUAUUCUAUUGCAUAUAACAUCCUUGAGUUUAUCUGUUCUGUCUACUAUUUGUAUGUCUUUAAUGACUCAUAAAUAGUAGACAAUCAGUGGCAAGAUAAUGUCUUUAAUGACUAUCCUGUCUCUGUUUACUCUAGGGAACUUGCCAAAUGGUUUAUUUAGAAGUGUGCUUCCCCAGCUUGCCACACACAAUCUGCACAUUCUAGAUGCUUGGCUUUCAGAAAUUACUUGAUAUAUUUGGUUUUAAUCUAUACAGAUUUUAAGUUGGAAUUCCUUCCCAACCACUCUCCUACAACAAUGGCUUCACUCUUACUGUAUACAAAAUUUGUUCCAGAAAUUUUACUCUGAUGUAUUAAGUGUAACAUCAUUCUGAAAGGAGAUUAUUUGUUGAUUUUCUUUAUAAUUUUUUUAAUAAUUGAACAAAACAAAAAAUAUGUAAACAUAAUAUAAUAAUGCUUUUAUUAUUUUCAACUUUUAAUUUUCGUUGUAAUUUUAUGUAAUACAUGAGUAGGUUACCCCUUUGUUUAAGCAAGCUUGUUUUGAGAGGGAUGGUCUUCUAAUAUGUAUAAUGUAUAUAAAAGAAAAAAACAAAACAAAUUUAGUAAUUUAAAUAUUACAAAAACUAGUGGAUAACAAUAUGAUGACAUGGUAUAAAUUAUUAUUUUUUUUUUUACAAUGGAUAUUUUAUAUAAAAAUUGACAUCAUUUGGCACACAACUUAACAAUUGCAAUAAUAUAUGUAUUACUACUCUAAUACUGUAUUGAAGUAAUAUAAUUUAUGUAAAUAAUAUUUUUUAAUAAUUCUUACACAUUAUCACUAUGUGUUUAUUUUAUUUUUCAUAUUUUUAUAUUUUAUAUUAUUGUAUCUUUGAAUACAAUGUACCUAUGACCUACUUAUUUUGUAAUGUAUCAUUCAAUUUUUAUAAAUAUAGAACUUGUAAAAAUAAAUAUUAAUAAUAAUAAAAAAACAAUAAUGGGUAUAAUAAUAAUAAUUAAGUUAAUUGAAUAAUUAUUUAUUUGAUUAGGUGUUUAAAUUAGUUUAUCUUAAUUACAUAAUCAUAAUCUAUCAGAUAUUAACAAAUUUUCCAAAAUAUUAUUUUUAAAAAACUUAACACAUAAUUAUAUAUCUUUUGAUGAAAUUUAAUGUAUGUAACAAUAGACUAUUGCUAAUGAAAAAACUAUUCUGACUGAAGUUUGGUUGAUAAUGUUGCUUUGUCAACAAUAUAUGUAGCAUAUUACAGUAAAAUAAUUAUAUAUGCAUUAUUUAGUUUUUUUUAAUAAUAUUUGUUUAAUAUUCUAUUUAUUUUCCCUGUUUUUCACGGGUUUUCCUAGAUAUUAUGAAAACUACCUGGAAAAUUAAAAAAUUAACUCUCUAAAGUACUACUUAGAUAUUAUUUCCUUUCAGAAAUGAUGCUAUUGUAAAUUAGAGCAAAAUUGCUGGCAGAAAAGUUGUAUACAGAAAAAAAUAAAAUAUACCAAAUUAACCACCAAAUUAAUUAAACCAAAUAUAUGCUAAACUUCACUCAGAAUCUAACUCUUAGCACCUAUACUAUACUAUACUAUACAGAUAUGGAGUCAAAUUAGGUUAUUAGCUGACUGUGAGUUGCUUCUCAAAUAUUAUAAUAAAUCUCACAUUUUCUAACAAUAACUGUAAUUGAUUAAUAAGAAAAUAUAGAUAUAUUCUACCUGUAAGUGUUCCUUCAUAAAAAUAAUAACCUAAAAGUAGUUCACCCAUUCAUCCACACCACACAUUUAUGCUCAUACUGUCUGAAAGUUAGAGACCAAUGUGGAUUUGUAUCGUGCCAAAAUCUAUUGUAUUGUUUGUUCAUUAUACCAUUGUUUGUAAAUUUAGAUUCAUCGGUCCACAAAAUACGAUUAUAAAAUAAAUUGUCGAUUUCAAAUUGAACACCAAACCAUGCCACAAAUUGUAAUCUACGUUCAUAAUCUCGGAUUCGUAAAUGUUGUACAAAAUCAGCUUUAUACGGAUGUAUUUUGUUUUUUUCAAAAUUGUAUGUACUGUAUCAACUGAUAUACCGAUUUCUCGAGAUACAUGUCUUAUUUAUGAACGUGGAUAAGCACGUAUGUAAAUCAUUACCUGAAGUUCGGUGUCUUCAUCAAAAUUAUUUGGUCUAGGCUGCUGUCGUUGAUUUUGAUUGUUAGGAAAUUGAUCGUUUUCAUUUAAUCCACGUAAAAGUCUAAGGACAUAAUUUUGAGGUGGAUGAAACCUUUCUGAUUGUCGAGCACUACAGUUACAUUCACCAAAAAAAAAAAUAAGUUCGACCUUUUCACUAUUAUUCAUAUUCAAAAAUUACUCACUUAAAAACCUAAUGUUAUACACUACAAAUUGUCACAGGACUAGUUUCAAAUUAUUAAAAUAAUUAUUAUUCAUCAGUAAAAAUAAUUACUUUAUUUAUUGUUUUACAUUUAUUUAUAAAAUACAUUGAUAACGAACUGGAUUUUUUAUCUUAAAUAUUGACGAAUGUCGGCGAAUUCGAGCCACUCAGGUUAGAUAAAUGAGAGUAAAUUACGAAAACAAUUAUGUAUUUAUUUACAUUUUAUCUGUCAACAAACAGAUAUUUCUCAGUAUCGGAGAUAUUAUUUCGAUUUUCGAGUAUAAAUUAAACAUGAUUAAAAUUUCGUUAAAAACUGAUUAUUCGUAAAUAUAAAAUUUCUACAUACAAUAACUUUGACAAUUUUGUAAUUAGAAAAAUACUUUUUAUACAAAAGUUAUUUAAAAAUAAUAAUCUAUCUGAAUCUGUAGAAAAAGAAUGGUGUUACCAUUAAAAAAAAGUAAGUUGUAUUGCGCACGCGCGUAUCAAAAUGGUUAAUUGAAAUUUGUCGGAAAAUGUGUAUUUCGUUCGGUACUCUCUAUCAUUCCCCGAAAACUCCAUUUCAAUACAAGGUCAUCCGACUGAAAUAUUUAGUGAUACCUCUUACCAUGAACACACUGUAUACGCCAUAUUAUUAUAAAAUUCCAAUUAUUCAAACUUUAAAUAUUAAAAUGGAACCCAUUUUUUCCGUUUUCUUCAGUUUUUUACAUUUGUUGAGAAAAUUCCGGAAAAAAUCGAAAAACGAUCUCUCUUAAGUGCCUCCCCAGUAUGAUAUCUCGACGGAUUUUCUUUUUAAAUUAUUUGUUAAGUUUCUAUUUGUUAUUCAGAUUUGUACAUGAUUGUGAUCACCAAAACCAUUUAUACAAAAUAUAUUAUUCUUAAAUUGCAAAAAACACUUACACAAUACCAACGUUGAAUAUUAUCUUCUAGAAAUUUGUGAAAAUGAAACCAUCAAUCAAUAUUAUGGUUUUAUUCUUUUCACUGUUUAUAAUGUUCAUUUUUAUACAAUUGAAAAAAUAUUCACUGAAUACGAGCUAUUAUCAAAUGCGCAUAGUAAUAAUAUUAUAUUAUCCAUGUCGUUGAUUAUUCCUUAAUAUUUUAAAAUUAUUUUGCCAAUUGGAAAUAAACAGAUUAUUCCAGGACUAUCAAAUACACACUGGCUUCGCAAUUUACAUAAUAUAUUACUGUGACGUUUUUGUCAAGACGCAAUUUACGGUCUUCGAGAUAAUCGAAUGGUUAUAAUGACAACAUUUAAACGAAUCUCAUAUUCGAAAUUAAAAUAUAUUGAUAGUACAUUACAUAAUUGUACUAUAAUGUACAUAAUUAUAAUUAUCUGCCUACCUAUAUAAACCAAAGAGAAAAAAAAGUUGUAAAUUUUUAGUUUUAUAACUGCAAUAAUAGAAGUUUAUGUCAAAUAGGUGUGUGUUUGAAUCACGAUUAAAGAUAUACUGGUUACACAACAAGGCGCGAUAACGAGAUCCUUAAAGUGUCUUACUUUUAACCGAUAAGAAAUAUCUUACGGCGCGCUUAAUAGUAAUAAUAAAUAAUGAUACGUGAACCCUAGGAUAUAUUAGUCCGUUAUGAGCACUAGUUGUCUUUUCUUAUCAACAGAUUAUCGAUGAAAUUCGAUGACACUUCGGGAACCAAAUUGUAUGUUCUUAUCAUAGCUUGUUGUGUAACCAGUAUUUUAAAACCAUAUCUUGAAUCGUGGUUUGAACUAAAACAACAGACAUAACAUGGUACAAUAUGUAAACAAUAAUCAUGUUUUUAUUGUGAUACCUAUAUAUUAUCUAGGUAUCAUAUACCAAGGUAUAUGAUUAAUAUAAUAUAUUAAGUUUUUUAAACUCUUACCGAUAACAGUUUUUACCUACUUACCUACGGUCUUAAUGUAUUUUUAAAUUUGCCCUGUGAGUUCCAACUCCUUAUCUCUCCUAAAACAGUAGUCUAUCCAAUAGUUAGGGUGUGAAACUUAAUGAAUUAAGAUUAUAGUUAUAAGGGUAGACUAAAAAAACAUUUUUUUUUUCGCAGGCGUAUUUUGAUAUUUAAUUUGUAAAGGUAUGACAAUGCCACCGAAUCUAAUUUCGUACCCUUUCCACCCUAAUAGUUUUAUAUUACAAUACAAUUUUUGAAUUGGGUGAAGUUUAUAUAUAAUAAUAUUAUUGAUGUUAUCACCAAAAAUGUUUUGCAAUAGAAUAUGUUAUAUAUACAUGUAUAAUAUGUUCUCAAUUCAGAGGCUUAGGGAUUACUAUAUUGGGAAGUAAGAUGAUUAAUGAAUGACAUAAAUUCAGAGUCACAUAAAACUUUUUUUUACCAAAUAUUUGUCUUUUAUAUGUUAUUAUAAUCAACGAUGAAAAUUAUUAUUUUUACUUUACUUAGGGUCAUUAAUAUAUAGGAUAUAACAGACGUUUUUACUACAAAAUGGAUCCUGACCAACAGCCACAGCCAGACAAGAAACAUUUGUUACUGCAACAGCAGAGAUCAUCUCAACAGAUUCAAAGACAACAACAGCAACUGUUAGAAACUCAAUCUCAGCAAAAUCAGCAUGCAUUACAAACACAACAACUUCUUAAAAUACAACCACAAACUCAACAACAUCAACAGAAGGAAUUGUUAAAGACACAGUCACAAUCUCAGCAACGUCAACAGUUGUUGCAAACACAACAACUGCAAUGCCAACAAAAUCAACAAUUGUUACAAACACAACAGUUAAAACAACAGUAUCAACUAUUACAAACACAAUCACAAUCUCAGCAAAAUAAGCAGCCAUUACAAACGCCGCAACAACAACAAAUAUUAAUCCAACCAUUAUCUGUGAAACGUCAACAGCAAUCAAAUACACAACAUCAGCUAUUACAAAGUCAACAGCAAUCGCAACCAUUGCAGCAGUUUUCACAAACACAGCAACAACAAAUUCAACCCCUUCAAUCACAAUUACAAUCUCAGCAGCCCUUACAAACACAACAACAGCCUCAGCAACUACUUUGGCGCAAGCAAGCUAGUUUACAACAACGAAUUUUACAACAAGAACACUUGAAGCAACAGCAUAUGCUUCUAGAUCGCCAAAAAAUGCAAGAGCAAACACUUAGAGAACUUUUACAGCUGGAGGAUGAUAAUAACGAUAAAGACAACACCAAAGGAGAACGUUUUCAUGCAAAACAAAAAAGACCACAACUUCUCCAGCAACAACAAGAAUUGCAUUUACAACAACAACAAAGACAACACAAAGAGCAACAACAACAGUUACUAGUACUACAACAAACGCAGUCUGUUCAACAGUUACAACAGCAAUCUCAGUUUUUACAAACAACACAACCGCAACAAUCACCAGAUGAAUCCCAAAUCGUAAAUCAACCAGGAACAGUACACAAAUCGCAGCUAGAAAAAACUCAGGCUGUAAUACAAAAACCCCAGCAAGUACAACAUGCCCAAAGCAUAAUACAACCAUCGACCAUACAGCAAUCUCAGUUUGUACAACAACCACAGAUUGUGCAGAAUCCGCAUAUACAAACACCAUUGCAACAGCAGCAUCAAUAUGUUAAUGUGUCAACCCAACAACAAUUAAAAAAACAGCCACCUAUUACCACCCAACAGUUACAGGAUCAGUUGACCCAGUUAAUGAAAAACAAGAAUUAUGCACAGCGAAUAGUGGUUUUAAAUGGUUCACCUAAUCAACAACAGCGUGUAAUUGGUACCACCAACACCGGUGGGCAACAACAGAUGCAAUGUGUUGUCGUUGCAGGUACUAGCCAACAACAAUCGCAGCAGUUACAACGCGUUAAAGUUACAACUGCUAGUCAACAGCAACAACAACCGAUGCAACGUAUGGUUGUCGCUAGCUCUGGGCAACAACAACCGCAGCAAUUACAGCAUGUUGCUGCUGUUGGUCAAAUACAAAAGCAACAAUUACAGCAGAUACAACACUCUGUACCAAGUACCAGUCAUCAACAGUCUCAACAAAUGCAAAGCGUUGUUACCACGGCCCAAAGCCCACAGCAAAUGCAACGUGUAUUAGUAACCUCCACUUCAGGGCAACAGCAGCAAAAGCAAGCACAACAACUUCAACCGACACAACGUAUCGUUAUUGGUCAAUUAAAAUCAUCACAGCAGACACAACAACUACAAUCUACACCACAACGUAGUUUAGUCUUAAAUCAGCAACAGCAACGUGUCCUUAUUGCUGGCCAACAACAGCUUUUAAAAUUACCACAACAUAAACAGCAGUCUCCACAACAAUUAUUACUGCAACCACAAUCGACACAACAACUGUUGCAACCACAAAAACGUGUCAGUUCUGCCAACCAGCAACAGCAGCAUGAUGUUCAACAACCACAGCAGCAGGUGAAACAACAAAACUCACAAAAUAUAAUAAUAAAACCACAGUUAACACAGAAUCUGUUGCAACCACAACAACGUGUCAAUUCUACCAAACAGCAACAACAACGAGAAGUUGUUCAACAACCACAACAAAUGAAACAACAACACUCGCAAAAAAUAUUACUGCAGCCACAACUGGCCCAGCAAUUAUUGCAGUCUAAAUCACAACAGAGCUUGAAUUUUACACAGCAACAAGAAGGUAUUCAACAAAUACCACAGCAGAUAAAGCAACAAGAAGGUAUUCAACAAAUACCACAGCAGAUUAAGCAACAAGAAGGUAUUCAACAAAUACCACAGCAGAUAAAGCAACAAAUCCCACAACACGUUGUCAUAGCUCAACAACAAAAACAACAAAUUAAUGUUAAGUCAUUAGACCAAAAUCUGGUGACACUGCUAAACGUAAAACCGUCGCAUCAACAGAUUCAGCAGUUACCCACUAAACAACCUCAGAAACAAUUACUUCAACAACAGUUGAAUAACGAACCGCUACAUCAACGUAGUGAAGUAAUUUUUGAUACUUUACAGCUUCCUAUUCAACCAGAGCCAGAAAUAUCAGAACAAUCGCUCUUAUUGCAAAAUUCUCAGCGUGAAAAACUACUGGAAUGUCUUUUACAGCAACAACGACAACAGCAUCAUAAAAAUAGGGAAAAGAAACUAAAAGAACGAUUAAAUGAACAACUUCAGCACAAGCAAAAUCUCCAAGAACAGCUAUUACUAGCAGAGCAUCAUACACUACCGCAACAGCAACAAGAGCUGCAGAAAGAAUUAAAAUUUAAAAGCCAGGUAUCGUCAGAAAAUCGAUUUUCGUUUGUGAUAGGAGGUAAUCCGAAGAUAACGCAACAAGAUGAUGAAGAGACAUCCAUAACAACGAAUAAUGAACAACAAUAUCAAUGUAGUGACAUUGAAGAUCAUGAAACAAGCGAUGAAGAUAAUUUUAAAUUAUUUUCAUCUUCCUCAGAUGAAGACGAAGAGGACGAUGCGGUAUGUAAGCAGCGGUAUCUCUUUCGUGAAGCUUAUCGUCUGGUUCAAGAACGAUAUAAUGCAUUAUCCGUAGCUCUUGGACCUAACUUUCGGAUGUAUUAUGAUGACAUACUGAGGAAUUGGAUGAAUGGUCGAUUAUCACACAGCGAGUUUGAUUGUGAGAUUCGAAAAGUGUUGUAUGUAUCAUGGAUGUUGCCUACGAUUAUCGGAAAUAGUGAUAGCAAUAGCAUCAGUGCAUCUCUUAUCACCACUAAUAUUCCUUCUACCAUUACUUUCACUAGUAGUACCAGUUCAUUUAUAACAUCGACCACUAAAACAGCGUCAGUCAGGAAAGACCGCAGGGUUACUACAUCAAAAGAAACGUCCACAUUCAAAGAAAAACCCCCUCAAACUACUUCUAAAAGAAAAUCGAAGGCUAAUGCCUCACCCCGAGCGAAAAAAGUAAUGAAGGAAAAAGAAAUUAUUAUAGAUGAAGAUAAAAAAAUUGAGGAAAUAUCUUCUGUUCUAAUAGAACGUAUGACACUCCAUAAUGCGUUUGUUUCCAGUCUGAUUGCAUUGCUCCCACAUAACCAUUUGCGAUUAGAACGAAAAACGACCACAGCAUCUGAUGUAAGUGAAACCGGAUACCCUUUACGGUUAUAUACAUAUGCGGACGUACCACAAGUACGUCUAUCAAGUCACCAUUGGUAUCCCGAUGAACCUGGCAGUUUACCACGUUGGUAUUGGCCUGAUCGCUUACCAUUUAGUCCCUUAUUGAUGGAAACUACUGACAAAACACAAUUAUCAAAAGAUUGUUAUCGAGAACUAGAGCAAAUUGAAGCGGCAGAUGCUGCGGUUGAAGCAGUUUUACUCAGACCACCGUCCCACACUUUACUACCGUCCCUUUUAAGUUCGUCCAAAAAUACCGAAGCAGCGCGGACUGCACAACUCGAACGUAGUACGGCAAAUGUAACAAAGAAGUUGAAAUGGCAACGAAAACAAGAUAACAAAAGAUUAGCCGUUCAGAUUAAUAUGCGAGAAAACCAUACACAAUUAUUGCGCGAAAUCAAAGCUCGUGGCCGAGAACUAGACGGUCAAGAAUCCUGGUUGAUAGAAAGACUGCGUCAGCUACAGCAACGAAUAUCGGAUCAACGUCAGCAAGUAUUGACUCAAUUUGAAAUUCGAAAACAGAUGCUACAAGUCCGAGUAUAUAGAUAUAUUAAUCGGCCGUGUCAAGAACUACGAGAAGAUAAAGAGAAAGGGCAGCAGUUACUUACAAAAGCUAAUUUAACAACUAAUAAUGAUGAUGAAAUGGAUGUUGAUGAUGUAAUAGAUAUUGAUGAUGAAAUGGAUCUUGAUCAUGAAGAAGAAACUUUGUCUAAAAAAAAUAGUGAAAAACAGCGAACCAAAAUUGGCACAAGCCCAAUGAAAAUUGCAAAUAAAUUUUGGCGACCACAAUCCACAGCCUUAAUGAUACGAUUAAUGCGUGAUCGUCAACGAUUCCAAGCAUGUCACAAACUACUCCAAAGAGUUAGAGAAGAACGUCUGCAGACUAGCCAAAAUAUUGACCGUGUCCAAAAGCUCCAACAUUUGUAUUGUCCUUGUGGUAUUUCUGACAAUAGACCAUGUCAAUAUCGAAAACAAAUGCGUAGAUUUCGUCAGAAGUUACGAUGUCGGGAGUUAGAAGCGAUUGAAGUUGCAAUAUACCGCGAGUUAGCAGAAAAAGUUGCAGAAAGAGAAAAGACAGAAGCUGAAAACAGUAAAAAAUUAGUUGUUGAUAAAAUUGAAACAGAAAAUUUGGAAACUGAAAAAAUAAACACUGUCAACAAAAAAAUAGCACUACCUAAUAAAAAAAAAGAUAAGGUAGUUAAGAAAAAAUCAUAUGUGACGACCAGAAGUAAAAAUAAAUUGUCAGCUGCUAAGAGCAAGACUAAUGAUGACGCUUUGAAAAAUAUUCAAUUUAAAAAUACAACCAAAACGGUUGAUAACCUAACUAAUGUAGCAACUGGCGUAUCAGAAACGCCAAACAUUGUUAAUCCAGUUUUAGGGGUGAAAACACACGAUGUUGAAGUUGAUAUGAUUUGUAAGCAAAGUCCACAAAGUCUGGGUGGUUUAGGUGGUAUGAGGCGAUCGAUGUCUCGGCUGAAAGAUCAGAGAAGUGCAGUUGAUGUUGCAGUUGCUGCUGCUUGUGCAGCACAAAAAGCACUCGAAGCAUCCAAACAAAAACGAAACCAACAGAAAAAAAGUGCGGCGGAUACGAAUAAUGAUCGGUUAGCCAGCGAACUCAUGCCACCACCUCCACCCCCACCACCAAAAACUUCUGCAAUUCCAAAAAAACCUACUGUAGGAGCCAGAUAUUUAAUGCAACAGCGACUGUUACUAGAUCGACGUCAGCAGUUGGAGCGUUUGCGACGUGAAGAAGCAGAAAGACAACAAAAAACUUACGGAUGUCGGCUACAAGAGAAUGAGUAUAUUAUUAAGGAAAGAAAUGAUCAGAUAGAAGAAAUUGGUCAUUUGGGACAACAAAUGAAGUUACACAGUUUUUAUUAUGACAGCAGUGGUGAUUAUUAUUCAUCAGAUGACGAAUCAUUUGGCGAAUUUUUACCGGAACCUCUAUUCCCACCACUAUUACAUGAUCUACGAAUGGACCAGUUACUACGGCCUGCUCGUUAUGUACCAUCUGCAGCCAUACUUCCACCUAUCGUCCAAGAAUCUAUUUUAAAAACGUCAUCGUUAGCGUCCAAGAACACAAAUGUCGAAACCAUGGCCAAUGAUUACAAACAUAAACUUCGGCAGCAGCAUAGGUACUCCGAAAACAAACUAAUUCAAAAAAUUAAUGAACCUUUAAAAGAAAACUUAUCUAAGCGUGGAUCAUUAGCAGCUAAAAUUUCAACGGUUCGGCCUCCAUUAUUCAAGUCAUCAGUAAUAAUUGAGGAAAUAGAGGAAUUGCCCAUAGAGAAAAAAAAACAAAACGAGAUACAAACAAAUAAAGAUGACAACCAGUUAAUGAGUGUGACCAAUAAAAUGGAAAUAUCUACAUCAAAAUUGUCCACAAUUCAACAACAGAAAAAAGCUAAAGAAAUUUCUCUGAUAAAUAAACAUAAUCAAGAUCUCCAAGCUAAUACCAAACAAUAUUCAAUAGAAUCUGAACAGACACAAAUUGAUGUAAAACAGACAAAUAAAAAAAAAACGACCACCAAACGAAAACGAAAACGUAUUUGUGGUCGACGAAAACAGCGGAAAAAAAAACCCGUAACUACGAUUUUAAUAGAAGAUGAAGAACUGCCACCGGAGAAAACAGAUUCAACAACUGUUAAAGACAUGAAAAAAUACCAGUCGUUGAAAUGUAAGAGGCCCUGUCGGACUCAGUUAGACAAGGUACCUGUUAUUGAUCUUUGUAUUGAUGAAGAUAAGGAAAUUGUAGAUCCAUUAGUUAAUUCCACGCGGAAGAUACCUAUUAUUGAUCUACGUAUUGAUAGAGAUACUGAAAUAGUUGAUGGAUUGGAUUAUUCCAUAAGAAAGAUUAAGGAGAUUGAAUUUAUAUCAACAUCUACUGAAGAUAGCGAUUUGCCAAAAUUAGAUCAAAACCAUAGUGAAUUUCAGGUUAAAUUAGUAACUCGUAAAUCUGAGGUAUUAAAUUCGAAUAGUGACCAACUGAGCCCUGAAUAUAGAGAAAUCCUGAAACUGAUAGUUCAAUAUCACAAAUCUUUAAAAUUUUUCCCGCCGAUGCAACGACUGCUAAAAUUGCUCCUUAUGCAACAUAAGCUUCCUCGGUUCCCACCGUCACGUGCUGAAGAAAAAGAACGAUUUAUGUUAGAACUACUAUCUGAUUCUUUAUCGCAAAUCAAACAGCAGCAAAUAGAAGAAAUUAAACAAUCAACAGUGGUAGAAAAUUUGCUUAGUGGUUGUAUUACACAUACAUGCGGGUUAUAUCGUAAAUGUGUACAACAAAAUUGGCGUAAUCUAUGGCCCCUUUAUGAUAAUAAGUCAAGUAAUCCCAUUAAUGACAAAAAACGAAUGUGUCUGACUGGAAUACUAAUUAAUAAUUAUUAUGGCUGUGGUAAAGAAAUCACUCAUAAGCUGCUACAACUAAAUAAACUGAGAGAAGAAAUAGAGUAUUAUGAACUAAAUAACAAUAAAACAAAUCCAUCAAAAUUACCAGAAAAUCAAAAUAUAUUAGAUCAACAACCAAAUAGCUUUAAAGAACAAGAUCAGCCUUCACAAAAAGAAAAAUUGAAUCAACAAAUACAAUUAGAUCAAUAUGAACAGAUUAAACAAAAUAAUCAACCGAAACAACAAAUAAAAAAUAUUAGCCAACAUUUGGUUUUGAAUAAAAUCGACGUAUCUUUGAAACCAUGCUAUGAUUUCAGUCCAUUGCGUAAACAAUUAUUGAUUAAUAAGAUGAAUUAUAAAAACCGGAAAGCGGUUGUUAAUCUAAAAAGGACUAACAUACAAAUAGCUUUUAAUCGUGACGGUAUAUCUAAUUUGUCAUACUACGAUACUUUGUCGCCACUCAGAAAGAGGUAUGUUGGUUCAAAUUUUUGGUGGUCAUGGGAAUGUAAACAGAGAUGGGUAUCGCCGUUGGCUACCGUUGACAUGAAUGUAAGAAAAAUACCGAUAAUUAAAGAGCGGAUCGCUGACCUGAAACAACUGACAAUACCGAAAACAGGAUCCGUAACACAAAUGUUUGUCAAUAAAGGAAUAAAAUUACUUAAGAGUGUUGAAGUAAAAUAUAAGAAAUUCGUGAUGGACCAUAUCUUAAAUUCAGUGCGUACAAACAAUGAGAAGGCAUGGCAAAUUAUGCAUCUAAAAAAAUAUACGGAGCUUCGUAUAAAAUCGAAAAAACUUUGGGACGAUUUAAUAGUGAAUGAAGAAAAGCAACUUAAAUUACUGUGGGAAACUCUUAAGCAGAAACAACUUCUUUUACCAUUAACCAGUCAAGACGAGCAUAAGGAGCCGUGUUCAAAACAAAAAGUAAAUCAAGAACUCCAAAAACAACAACGUGCAUUACUGUCAGUUAGACAAAACCAGGAUUAUGAAUAUUUUGGAUUAACAGAAUUUUCAAUAGGAAAAAGUCGUUAUUUAAUAGAAAACAGCUAUAUCAAUUAUCCAAAACCUAUUUGGAUUAACGGACAAAAAGCGGGGAACAUUUAUAAAAGUUCAGAGUUAAUUAUAGCAAAUUCGCAACUAGACAUUACUGAAAAAUGGAUGCAGUUUAAUAAAAUCAACAAAGAAUGCCGAAUGCACUUUAAGAAAAAUCUUCAUGAGGUAAAUAAUUUGAGGAGUAAACUGGAGAAAUUCACCCGUACACUUUUCAAUCGUUUCAAAGAAAUUCAAAAUUCAGGAAUGUAUCAAGAAAUACCAUGUUUUGAUGCGGCUAUAAAGCUGCACGAAAAUGUUCCACAAACACGAGUUGAUCAACUGAAGGUUUUACUACAACUUAAUCAAGAUGUAUUAUAUUUGAAAAAUAAUCCAAAUCAGUCACAUAGACCAAUAUUAAAGGCAAAAUUUAGUAUAUCAGAUAAUUUAAAACAACUAUUCGAACUACGAGACAAUCUUAACGAUAUAAAAUCCCAACGAAAAACGCAAAUUCAACAACAUAUAUCCACAAUGCAUUCCAUCAAACUGGAUCUACAGAAUAAACCUGCCAAAUGGAUUUUACGGAAACUGGCGUUAUUAAUGCAUAAUCAGCGGUUUGUAUUGCAACGUCAACUAAACAGAUUCGACGUCCAAAAUCCAGAUAAUAUAUUGAACCAACGAAACAUGUCUGAAACAUUAACAACGCAUAUACAACCAUCCUUGACAUUGAUAUCACAAGAAAAUCAGGCGUCUGGGCAAAGAUCUCUACAUUAUUCAAAAAUAUUACUAACACCAUUACAGUCUUCAACAUUAAAACUACCGUCGCCAACGUUUUCGGUGAUACUAUCAGAAGAACAGCCAGAUGGUCCAAAACAAAUAGUAGCGACAAUACCAAUACUGAACACAGAACAACAAGAACCACUGAAAAUAGAUAAAGAAUUGAUAUUAAAAAAAAGAUUUAAUCUGUUAAUGGAUAAAUUGAAACCAUUGAUGGAAUUGUGGCAGCUCUCAUUUAAAUUUCCUGGAAAUUGGCUUCACCAACAAUUGGAUGACAUAGAGCAGACAAUGGCAUCCACAUUAACAACUACUACUUCGCUGUGGUCAUGGAAACAAAUCAAACGGAUCUGUGAUUAUUUGAAGUGGCGGCAGAAGCGAGUGAAUAAGCUUGUUAAUGAGAUUUUAUUGGUGAUGAACCAAGAACACAUGGCUAUAUCACCGAAUACAGUUUCACGGAAAGCGUAUUCCGUUUCAUUAGAACUGCCAAAGUUAUUAAUGUCAAACGCACAACCAUCAACACAUUCAGUUUUAUUGAAAUUACCACAACCCUUAGCACCACACCAGCAAUCAUUAACGUAUCCAGCAUUGUUAAAAUUACAAAUACCGCCAUCUUCUGAACAAAAUUCGCUCACAUAUUCUACGUUAUUGAAAUUGCCGAUACCUUUAAAAGAGAAUCAUCAAUUAAAUAGUAACUCACUACAACCUGAAUCGGCAUCUAAAAGAAGACUUACAUCGCCGUCCCCCCUAAUUAGUUCUAAGCGAUUUAAAACCUCGGAUUCCGAAUCUGAAACUACACAAAUGGAUGUUCAAAUGUCCGAGGAAUCGCCAUUGGUCGAAAACACUGAUGGGAAGACAACGAUAAUAGAACAAGACUUGAUUGGAGGUGUUCACGCUACUUAUUACAAAUUACCAACGCAGCUAACAGUUAAUGUUAACGAACCAACCAAAGUGAUAGACGUUGAUGACAAAUCAAUUAAAACGUUACCUAUCGUCGGAAAACCAUUUAGAGUAGCUUUUAUUGAAUGUUUACCGUCGAUGACCAUUUCUAAAGACAUGCCAAUAAAAUUGGUAAGUGACGAUGCCAAAUCAGUAUUAAAAAAAUCAGUGGACAUUGCGGUUUCCGGUAACUUGAGAGACAUCAUGAGUCAACUAGUGGCAUCAGCAUCUGAGAUGGCCCAGCAGGAAACGUCUUUAGAUAGCGUAGACUGUAGCCCAAUAAAAACAACGGUACCUAUUGAGGAACUAAAAACAGACAAUUUGAUGGAAAAAUCCGAAGCUAAUGAUAUCAAAACAAAAAAUACAACAAACUUAAAUAAGAUAGUUGAUAUAUCAAAUAUUCAACGUCAAAGUAUUCCAGUAAAAUAUGAGACUGUGCGUCGUUAUCGACGUUUGAUCCGAACUCGAACAGUAGACAUACACGGACCUGAUAUUCCCUCAUUUCAUGACCACGGAUUUGCGUAUGGUACAACCGAACGAGCUGUACAUGGUCGAUUCAUUGCCACCAUAAUGUCGAUGAAAAUAGCACAAUCGAUCGCUUCAUACAUACCGCCUAAUCGUCUACAGAUGCCUUAUGCGUGCAGUGUUUUAAAACAAUCUAAAUAUGUACAUGAUGGAGUUACUAACGAGUGUAACACGAAUAAUGACAACUGUACUGUAGCUGACUCUACGUCGUUACAAAUAUCAAACUUAAUUGAUGGACUUGAAAAAGCUACAGAAUACUCGACGAACUCGGGUUGCCACAACGGUCACCUUUCGAGUGGCUGUGCUCGGACUUCAGGUGCUGAAUUGAUUGCUAUAGUUAAGCGACUCAAAUCAACAGUUUCUACGCUUCAAACACGGGAUGCAUCGUCGGCGGAGAGUAAAGUGCCAAUUGUCAUACCAUCGCAGUCUGUGGGACAAUCUAGGAAAAAAGUGACGGAAACAGUGUCUGUAGUUACAAAACCCAUGGUGGCCACAAUUAAGCCACCACCUAAAAAUACCGUUUUGGAUUCGUUAAACACAAUUUCUACAAACAAUAGUAAUACAAAUCGAUCGGUGAUCGACAAAAGGCCUGCUUCUGUAGCAUUCACAGAAACAUCAUCAACUUUGGCAUCAUCCCCUCCAAUUACCGAGUUGUGUAAGAAGUCAAAGUCAACUAUGGAAGUGAAUAGUGUUUGUGAAAAUAAACAAAAACCAGCUGUAGGGCUGAACAAGAGAUCUGCUAAAGUAACAUUUUCUUCAGCAGUGUCACCAACUUCAACAACGUCUUUAUCUGAUACUGUUUCAAUGUCAUCGCCAUCGAUUCGAUCAUUGAAAAGAUCUAAAUCAACCGAAAUAACAGCUAAUACCUCCACCAAAUCAACACCAAUGGCGGUGGCAGAGUUGCAAAGUAACGACAAAAUACGGUCCGCAUUGGAAUCUGUAAUUGUUAGUUCUACAAAGAAAGACGAAUUAAACAAAUUAUCGACAGUGAAAUUGUUAACUCCGGCAAUAAGAUCCACGAAGAGAUCGAAAUCGGCAAUAAUAACAGCAUCUACAUCUACAAAAGUGGAUGAAGGUGACGAUUUAAACCGGUCAGAACAAGUUAAUCAAUCUGCACAGGAUACGGAGAUAAUAAAACACGUUUCCUCUUUGACGACUGUGGAUUCAUCACCUUUGGUAGUCGAACCGCUCAAAAGAUUAAAGUCAGCGGAAGCGAUGACAACCACCAAGUUAACUCCAAAACCAGAAUUGCCAACGUCUUCUUUGGAUGUGGCACAUAAACCUGAAUCAAUGGCGACCAGUGUAAAACUAGAUAGCAUUUGCGAAAGUAUGACUUCCAAUGAUAGUAGCAACAACCUAAAAAUCGACGAUGACGAUAACACCAUAAAUGUCAAGACAACAACGAUCACGGAAGAAGAGACGCGCACGGUGACGGUAAAUCAAACAAGAUGUUCGCUUGUACCAGCGCCGAUGGACGUUACAGCAGAGUCGUGUACGCUUGUGGUUUCUGCCUGUGAGCAGUUUGUUCGGCAGAUGUUAAUGGAACGGAUGUUAAAGACUGGUCGUGGUGCUGGCACACUUGAACUACGUCGGCGUAAAGCGUUUGAGGCGGCAAUGGCAGUCGACGACGAUAUUCGGCCAACUUCAGAAAAUUGCUGGACGAAAACGAUUGCAGCGACCACCGCUUUUUCAGCACCAGUUACAGUUGAAAACGCGCAAGCCAACGGUAGUGACCCGCUAGUGUCAGAACAAUCAUUACCGUACGUCAUUGCCGAUAAAAAUUCAAAACAGUCGACAAUAAUGACAGUCAAAACGGUCGUUGAAACGCACACAACCACGAUCACGACUACUACGACUACUAAGAUUAACAAAAGUGAAAGUCAGGCGGCAACAAAAACCGUUCCCGCGACGAAAACAAUAUCGUCACCUACAGUUCUGCGUGCAAGAUCUCCAACUUGGGUAAGUGGUGCAGCAGUACAGGAAACGAAGAGACGCCUGCCAAAAACAAAGAUGACGUUACCGUCUAAAUUACCUUCUGGAACCUCGGCUAGGACUAUACCAAUGAUUACGAUGGUGGUGUCGUCUGAUGAUGAAGAUUUUGAACCAACAAAAACUGCAACGACGAAACCAAUAAACAAAAACACAUCCACAAUGCAUCUAUCAUCCAAACCCGAAAUAAACGGACAAAAUACACCUUCUGAUUCUAUGACAACUGUAGAAGUCUCUAAGAUUGUGCCCAUUUCGAUACCCGAGAAUACUGUACCUGUUGCGGAUGCGGUCAAUGUGUCUGCAGGGCAUCGUGGAUUUUUCGUAGAGCGUGGACGACCACUGGUGCGCCCAUCAUUCCAUCGGCGUCAGAAGUUUGGCACGUUAGCAGCCACCUGUUCUAUGGCAGCAGCAAAAGUUACAGCAGAAAACCAUGCCACUCAUAGGUACUUACUUAUUUAUUUUGCAUAUGAUAUCAAGGAUUUUUAAUGAGGUGGGAGGAAGGGAUAACUAAAAGUUGUCCCAUGUUUUUUCACGGUUUUUCACAUUUGCUCAGAAAACUCUUGGGAAAAAUCUAAAAAUGACCUACCUUCCCAGUCAGAUUUCUUUCAGAAAAAGUACUAUCAUUGUAAGUCUGAUUAACAUUGCUGGUAGAAAAGUUGUUCACAGUAAAAAAAAAUAAACAUAAUUUUAAAACCAUAAACUUCUUCGCUCCAUCCAGAAUCUAAAAUAUAAAUUACAAGCAAGUAUAUUUUAUAAAGGAGAAAAUGUUGAAAAUGGCUAUUAUGUAGAGCAUACAAUUUAAAAAAAAUAGAGUGGAUGUUAGCAGAUAACACCGCAAUAACCACUAACAGUAAAUGGCCUAGAAAUAGUUAAGACUUGUAUAUAUUAUUUUGUACUUAAAUUCCAUUUAUUUUACACAGACGUUUUAGCAAUUAAAACAUAAGAUAAUGCUUUAAAUCAUAUUAACAAUACAGACUCCAGUAUUAAUCAGAAUACUUUGAACAACGUUACAUAAACACCAUACUGUACAUUGAAUAGACUACAAACAUUUUAGGUUUCUUUUAUCUAUUUCAUGUUAUCAAUUUCGUUUAUUUAUUAAUAUUAUUACAUUUCUAAAUUAUUUAAGAAAUGUGUAUAAAAAUGAUUUAUAAUAACAUUUGAGGAAAUUACUUAAAUUGCAAAAUCUUACUAUGUUUGAUUAUUAUCUACAAAUCUACUUGAGAAGAAAGUAAAUAAAUUAAAGAAUACAAAUAACAAAUAACAAUAAAACAAAAAUAAUAAUAAUAAAUAUCUUACAAAACUGAAAAAAGUACGGAUAUCUCCCAAAAAAAACUUAAGAAGAAAAAAGUAAAUUAUUUAAUUUCUCUAUACUAACCCCUUUUCUCCUUACAUGUAUAUUUUUCUAUCAGAUUCCUAUUACUAUUUCUAUUGCUUGAUGGCUCUUUUUGAAGAUUACAUACGUCUUCACUGCAAUGGAAUAUUCAAUCUAUCUAAGAGGGUAAAAUCAAUUUUUAAAUAUGUCGAUACAAUGAAAACGUUAAUGUUAAAAAUAAUAGUUUGAAAUUUCGAAAACAGACUGUCAACGAGCAUUUAUUUGAGAUUGCCUAGAAACCUAGGUACAAUAAACUUUUUUUUCUCUGAGAAAAAAGAAUAUGAAAGUAAGAAAAUAAGAAGAAUUGAGAUAAUUGUUAGGUGGACAAAUGUUGAUAUCAAUGCGUUUUAGAGACAUGUUUUUUUUUUUUAUUUUUUAGAAAACAUGACACUAGUUUUUUGACAAAAAAAAACUCUUUUAUGAGUUGCCUUUUUUUUUUGCUUUUUAAUACACAAUUAAGUAAGUAAUAUAAUUAUUUGUGCUAAGUUGAAUAAGUAGUGCAAACGUGCAAUGAUUGUUUUUUUUUUAGUAUUUUAAUUAACUACUAAUAAAUUUCAAAUAUUUUAUUUUAUAUUUAACACGAUCAAUAGGGUCUGAAAUUCUCUUAGCCUGCUCAGUGCAUAUGACUGAAAUAAAAUAGUAAUAGGUAUAAUAAUAAUUAUAAAUGUGUUUUUAUUAUUACAGAUACUUCAAUGAUGGCAAUAAUGGUAAUAAAGACAAUGGCUGUUAUAGCUAUCUUGGUGACCCUACAUGUUUACCACCUGUUAGUCGACUAAAUGAUUUCCUUGUAGAGGAUUAUGACUCAGAAUGCCCACCAGUUGUGGCGUCAAAAUCUAAUGAAGUAAAUUCCUCCGUUGCUUUUCAACGACAUCAGGUGAUGCUUGAGAUGGCCAAGCAACAAGAGAAACGCAAAGAGCUAGAACGAGAAAUGGUGCUGCGUGUUCAAAAACAUCAAAAACAACCGCCCGACUCUCCACUAGAGUACUAUGAGAAGUUCUUGCAGUUACAGUAUGGAACAGAUGAACAGAUGACUUCAUCAACAUUAUGUCGCCCUUUGAACUGCGAUGCAGGUCAAAAUUAUUUAAAUUGGAAUGACUAAAUAGUUUACCUAACCUAACCUUACCAACUACUGUAGGUUUUACUACCUACUAUCUUAUUUUGUUAAAUGUAAACCUUGCCAAAUAUAAUCACUGAAAUUCCAUUGUAUAUGUAUUUUAAGCCCAUGUGGUUUCUCAUUAAUAUUAAUGUGCUUGACGUGACUAUUUUAUUAUCCAUAAUACAACCAACCAUGCUCCAAUAUUAUAUUAAUGAGUUGAGCUAACAGUGAAAUUGCAAAAAUUAUGAUUUUUUAAAAAUUGUUGUAAAAUGAUAACUGCUUUCACCUUAUCCUUUUUUGGUGCAUUAUCUAAGUAUAUAUUUUAGAGUGUUUUGAAUACUUUUAUGUCUAAUGUGUACACCAUUAUUAUCUACUAUUUUAACUUUUCUUAUAAUGUGAUGUAUUAGUAUAGUGUGGUGUGUUGGAUUUUAUGAUACUUUUAAGUUUAAAAAAAAUUGAUUCAUCUAAUAAUUGGCUAUAUUGUACAUUUUAUCUAAAAAAAAAAAAAUAAUAUUUAAUUAGUAAUGUAUUGUAAACACAUUUUCAAUUUUUAAUGUAUUACCAUAUUUUUUAAAAACACAUUUUCCAUGAAAAUGGUAUUAUUUAUUAUUAAUAGUACACACAUUACUACCUAUUUAGUAUUUAUAUUCACAAAAUAUUAAAUUAGUUCUGCAAAACAAAAAUAAGUGUUUUCCUGUCUAAUCGUCAUUAUUUUUCUACAAAAUAUAUGAUCAUCAUCAGGGCUUGUAAAUUUAAGCAUUUGCAUAUUUUUUUAUCUAUACUCCAUUUAACUUAAGAGUACAUUGGUUUGGCUGAGUGCUGACAGCCUAAUUGAUUAGAAACAAUCGCCACAGCGAGAGUAUACAGUGAGUCAUAAUAUAUAAAUACCUACCGUCAAAUAAAUCAUUGUAAUAUACAUGCAUAAUAUACUAUUUCAAUCAAACUAAUGGAAACAUAGAAAAAUUAUUUUACUUAAACUGAAGCAGUGAGGCUGUUAACACAAAAUGUUAUUAUCGAAAUUGGUGGCGAGAUUGAUAAGUGGGUGAAUAGGUGAAGGGGUACUGAUAACCAGGAAUGCACAAAAACAGACUUUUUCGAUCCCCCCCCCCGUGUAGUCUUAAGUUGAAUGGUGUAUAUAUUUAUGUGAGCUAUAAAUUUGUUUCAAAAAAUCACUUAAGUUUAUUUUGCAUACUUCAAAGUUUAACUGCUAUUUUAUUAUCAUAUAAGUGAUUUUUUGUUUUUUUUUUUUAUAUUUAGCCCUAGUUCAAUAGCAUAUGUUUCAAAAUAUACUUAACAUUAAGAAUAAUUUAAACAGUCUUGAAUAUCCAUAAGUUCAUUUGUUUCUAUUAGUAUCCACUGUAACUCAAUAAGACAUUAAUCAUAUUUAUAAGAAAACCCCUAUAAUUGUAUUAUGUUCAUAGUGCAUUAUUAUUUUAUUUGUAUAGUUUUAGAUAUUCAGGUAUUAUUAUUAUUAAAUUAUGCACAUUUUAUUAUUAUAAGUGCAUAUUUAAGUGCUUAUAUUCAUGUUUUCAAGAGUAUAUUAUUGCGCUUAUAAGAACCUUUUUUAGAGCUACAAGCUUUAAAAGCUUGGUCAUUAUGAUCAUUAUAACGCUAAUUUCCCAUAAAGGAGAGGUGAAGUCUGGGCCCACAGCACAGGGGCCUGGGUCUUUUAGGGACACUGUAAAUUUUAUUAGAAGUUAUUACAAUAAAUAAAUUACUUAAUUAAUAAAUAAACUUUUGUUUAAUUAUCACCAAAUCACCAAAAUAAGAUCCUGCAAAAAUAUUUAGUACAGUGGCGCUAAAUUUAAUGUGAGGGCCCUGCUAUUAUUUCAUAUUAUUAUUUUAUAUUUAUGUAGCCACUUGGUUAACUAUUUGUAUUGUUUUUCAUUUAUUAAUAUAUUACUGUAAUUGUCACUUGUUGAUCUUUUUACUUACUUUAGAUAGUUCAUAAUAUAAUUACAAGUAAAUGUACAAAUAUUAUUGCUAUUAAUGAUAUUAUAAUAUAAUUUAAUUUUAAAAUCAAA